AUUUAGUCGUUAGAGGACGCUUUCAACCGACCACUCACUAACUGGGUCGUACAGUUAGGCAAAAAGUUAGAAAGGUCAAAGGUCGGUAGCCUUUUCCCGCGAAAAUCAGAGCGUCCAACAUGGCGGUAACACCAAACCAGCAGCUUCAGCUAGACAACGCCCAGGAGCUGGGAUUUCUCAACUUCGUCCGGACGAUGCCCGAGAAACCUGCCACAACUUUCCGAGCUUUUGAUAGAACUGAGUACUACACAGCCCACGGUCCUGAUGCCAUCUUUGCAGCCAAGGAGAUCUUCAAGACCAUGGGGGUUGUCAAGACCAUGGGAACAGGUCCCAACAAGAUGGAGUAUGUGAACCUGAGUAAGAUGAAUUUUGAAUCGUUGGUACGGGAACUCCUGCUGGUCCGCCAGUACAGACUGGAAGUCUACAAGAACAAAGGAACAGCCAAGAACAACGACUGGGAGCUGGACAUCAAGGCCUCCCCAGGAAACCUGACCCAGGUGGAAGACUUCAUCUUCGGCAGCUCGGGUGCUGUGACCUCCUCUGGUGUCCUGGCAGUCAAACUAUCCGGGGAGGGAAACAACAAGGUGGUUGGUGCUGGGUAUGCAGAUGCUACCAUGAGGAAGCUGGGGGUGUGUGAGUUUGUAGACAACGACCAGUUUUCCAACCUGGAGGCCCUGGUUAUCCAGACAGGACCGAAGGAGUGUCUGAUCCCCGCAGGUGAGAACACACCUGACAUGGGCCGCCUCAGGAUGGUGCUGGAGAGGAACGGGCUGCUCAUCACAGAGAGGAGGAAAGCUGAGUACUCAACUAAAGACAAUGUCCAGGACUUGAACCGACUUCUGAAGCCCAAGACCAAAGGAGAGCAGGUCAACUCUGCAGCACUCCCUGAAAUAGAGAAGACAGCAGCGAUGGCAUCUGUAUCUGCACUUAUCAAGUACUUAGAGCUCCUGGGUGAUGAGACCAACUUUGGGCAGUUUAAACUGGAGACCUUUGACCUGAACCAGUACAUGAGGCUGGACGCUGCAGCAGUGCGGGCGCUCAACCUGCUCCCAACCUCACUGGAUGGAGGUAACCGGUUCCAGUCUGUGGCAGGACUACUGACCCACUGUAGGACAUCCCAAGGUCACAGGCUUCUUACUCAGUGGGUCAAACAGCCGCUCAUGGACAAGAACAGGAUCGAGGAGAGAUUGAAUGUUGUAGAAGCACUUGUUGAGGAUGCUGAACUGAGGCAGACAUUGCAGGAAGAACAGCUGCGAAAAGUCCCAGACUUCCACCGCCUGGCCAAGAAGUUCCAGAGGAAGAGGGCCAAUCUUCAGGACUGUUACAGGGUGUACCAGGCCCUGAACAUCAUCCCCCACCUGACCGAGGCCCUGGAGAAACAUGCAGGGUCCCACAGGAGCCUCCUCAUGGAGCUGUUCUCCAAUCCUAUCAAGGAGCUUCUGUACGACUUCAGGAAGUUCCAGGAGAUGGUGGAGACGACCAUGGACAUGGACCGGGUGGACAAGCACGAGUUCGUCAUCAAACCGGACUUCGACGACAACCUCAAGGAGCUUAGAGAGAAAAUGAACAAACUGGAUGAAGACAUCAAAAGUCACCUGAAUGAGGCUGCACGGGAACUGAAGCUGGAACCCAACAAGGUUCUGAAGUUAGAGACAAGCACACAGCUAGGCUACCACUUCAGGGUUACACUCAAGGAGGAGAAGGCUCUCCGUGGCAACAAGAAGUACCGCACCCUGGAGACCAGUAAGAACGGGGUGAAGUUCACGGACAGCGACCUGCAGAGGAUGAACGAGGAGUAUCUGAAGUCCAAGGAGGCGUACGCUGACACACAGAAGGCCGUGGUGGAUGAGAUCCUGGGUAUAGCAGCUGGAUAUGUGGAACCUAUGGGGAGCUUGAGUGAUGUCAUCGCACAGCUGGAUGCAUUAGUCAGUUUUGCUUGUGCUUCAGCGAAUGCUCCAAUCCCAUAUGUCAGACCAAAGCUGACAGAGAAAGGGGAGGGGGGCAUUAAGCUGGUGAAUGCUCGACACCCCUGUCUGGAACUCCAGGAUGAUGUGCAGUUCAUCCCGAAUGAUGCCAGCUUUGACAGAGAUGAACAGAUGUUCCUUAUUGUGACUGGUCCUAACAUGGGAGGGAAGUCAACAUACAUCAGACAGAUCGGAGUGAAUGUGCUGAUGGCCCAGAUUGGUUGUUUUGUGCCGUGCGACUCUGCGGAGGUGUGUAUCGUGGACUGUAUCCUGGCUCGAGUGGGUGCAGGGGACAGCCAGCUGAAGGGUGUGUCCACGUUCAUGUCCGAGAUGCUGGAAACAGCGUCCAUCCUCAGGUCUGCUACAAAGGACUCCCUCAUCAUCAUAGAUGAGCUUGGCAGGGGGACGUCAACCUACGAUGGCUUUGGUCUGGCCUGGGCCAUAUCAGAACACAUAGCCACCAAGAUCGGAGCCUUCUGUCUGUUUGCCACCCAUUUCCACGAGCUGACGGCCCUGGCAGACGUUGUUCCUACGGCAACCAACCUCCAUGUCACCGCCCUUACCACGGGGGGAACUCUCACCUUGCUUUACAAGGUUAAACCAGGGGUUUGUGAUCAGAGUUUUGGUAUCCAUGUGGCUGAACUGGCACACUUCCCAGAGAAAGUCAUUGAGUUUGCCAGACAGAAGGCCCUGGAGCUGGAAGACUACCAGAGUAUCUCCCUGAGUGGGACUGCCAUGGAGGGGACAGAUGCUGUGGCAGCCAAGAAGAGAAGAAUUGCCAAGCAGGAGGGUGAGGCCAUCAUACAGGACUUCCUGUCCAAGGUCAAGGACCUCCCGCUGGCGACCAUGACAGCUGACGAGGCGCAGGCAGCGGUGCAGCAGCUGAAGGAAGAGGUCAUGGCUCGGGACAACCCCUACAUCCACGAUGUCUUGGCGCGAGACUUCUAAUGUGAGAAACAACCCCUUCAUCCACAACGUUUUGGCACUUGUCAUGGCUCAUGAUAACCCCUACAUCCACGACGUUUUGGCACAAGACUUCUGAUGUGGGAAGUCAUGUCGUUAGACAACCCCUAUAUCUAUGAUGUCUUGGUGCAAGAGUUUUGAUGUAAGUAGCCAUGACUUUAGACAACAUCCACAAUGUCUUGACGCGAGACUUCUGACUGAUAAGUCAUGACUUGAGACAACCCUACAUUGAUGAUGUCUUGGUGCAAGACUUUUUAUAUAAGAAGUCACAGCAAUAGACAUGCACAAUGCCUUGCUGUAAGACUUCUGAUAUACCUGACUUGUAUAAACUUUUCUGGAUUUUGAUAAAGGGGUCUGAUGUAGGGGUAGGAAUUAGUGUAGGAAAGUAGUAAUACUACAUGUGUCAUAUCUUUUUACUAGAAAGGUAGAGUGAUACUUGUUAGUAGAGGAAUAAAGGUUUAUGAAAAAUGUUUCAAGGUCUCUUUCCAUGAGGAACAUGUAGGCUCUGUUGUUGAAUUUGGUAUAAGGCAUACUUUUGUAACCUAGUGUAUCAUUGUGAUUAUGACAGACAGAGAAGUCAGUAGAGAAAUGUGAAACUUUAAUGGUCUUCAAAGAAGCUGCAUAAGUGUGCAACAUUCCAUGUUGGAUAGCCGACAUUUAUAAACUGUAGUGUAGGGACAUGAAGCAGACAGCCAGGCAGGUUAGAACAGCUCUGAAAAUUACCUUUUGUCUUGUGUCUCUGAGUUAAUGACACUUUCUAGCAGUCUAUAUAUACCGGUAGAUCACAAAAUGAUACAAAACCAUAAUGCCAGAGUGUAUAUUACACAAUCCAAAACUUACUGGGAUAAGUUUUGUAGUUUGGAUCAGUUGCUUGAGCCAAUUUUGCAUUGUCUACUUUAUUAUCUGGAUGUCUAACAGUGUAUAAAAGUGCAUGUUAUACAACAGUAGAGCACAGCCCAUCCCAGUUUAGUGUCAUGGCCAUAGCUUCUGAUACUACCAAGUCUGUGAUCUGUAUAAGACUUGCUGUGUUGAUGACUUUACAAUAAACAUGUCCCUCCAUGCCUGCAAUGUACAUGCAGCAAAUGCUUCAAUAAAAGUACUUUGGCACUA